AUGUCUACGAUUAUUAAUUCAUCAGAAGAUAAUUUAAAUUCUAAUUCGACAAGAACAUCACAUAAUCUGAUGGUUAAUGAACAUCGAGGUAAGGCUUGUUAUCAUGUAACAGGUUCAUCAAUAUCCAAUCAAGGAGGUCAUACUUCUUUAAUAAAAGCUAUUCAAGAUCCAUUGAUUACAGCUGCGGGCGAUUCAUGUAAUAUAAAUCAUCAAUCAUUUGAAAGUGGUGAUUCAAUAAUAAAUAAUCCAAAUCAUUGUGAAAAUUGUUCGAAACUUCGACAACAAUUAACACUUCUUAUUUAUGAAGUACUUAAUCUUGAAAAUACAAUGGAAUCAAAAAUCUGUGAAUAUGUUCAACGACGCUUAAGUGAAAUAGCUAUUUCCGAACAAUUAACAUCAUUAAAAACAAACGAUAAUAUGAAAAAUAAUCAUGAAAAUAUCGAUUUAUCAUCAAAUAAUUCAACAUGUAAUUAUACAAUGGCUCAUAAUAAUAACCAUAUUAUACUUGAUAGUAAUAAUUCAAGUGAACGAAUGAAUAAAACUAUCGAUAAUCAACAAUCAAUAAAAUAUCGAGCAGAACGAACAUUAACAUUUGAAAAUAUUCUUAUUGGUGAUUCAGCAUUAAAAUAUCUUGAUCCAGCACGUUUUGAUAUCGAAAGAAAAACAUAUAUUAAAACUAUGCGUGGUAAACGAGUAGCACAAGCUCUUGAAUUUGUUCAAACAACUCGUUUUAUUGGUACGAAAAAAAUUAUGUUUCAUAUUGGUGCAAAUGAUCUUAAUCGUGAUAAAUUAAGUGAACAAGAAGUUAGUGAACAAAUCAAAGAAUUAAUCGUAACAACAAAAACUGUUAGUCCACAAUCUGAAGUUUAUAUUUCACUUAUUUUUCCACGACAAUCAAAUGAUGAUAGUCGAAUAAAAACAGAAAAAUUAAAUUCUUUAUUACAAGCUAUGGCAUCACCGGAAUUAAAAGUAUUUAUUAUAUCACAUGCGAAUAUAUCACAUGAUAUUCGUGGUUGUUUCGAAGAUUCAACACAUUUAUCGAAAGCAAAAGGUACAAUUUUAUUUGAAGAAAAUAUUAAAAAAAUUAUGGGCUUAAAAAAAUCAUCAAAUAAUAAUCCUAUUUGUCUUAAUACAAAUAAAUAUUCAUCAACACGUUUUCCACUUGGAUUAAAACUAUCAAAUACAAAUAAUUAUAAUAUGAAUAAUAAUGCUUUAAUCAAUUCAAAUAAUUUAAUUAAUAUGAAUAUGCUUAAUGCAAAUACAUUAUCAGCAUAUUUAUCAUUUUUAAUUAGUGGAUUUCGAUCUUAA